AAAAAAGUGAAAACAGAUUUACAAUAUUCGAUUAUUGUCAAUUUUUACUAUCAUGUAACGGAUAUUGGUGAACAGAAAAAAUUAAAAAUGAAUGUGUUGGAAUUUCCUUUUAAAGUGCUGACAAUAUGUGGUUGUUGGCAGCCACAAUCAUGGACAUCGAUAUAUAAACGUAUAAUGUAUCGAAUGUACACAAUUCUAAUAAUUUUGAUAGUAAAUAGUUUUACAUUAUCGCAAUUCAUGGAUAUAAUUCUCAUUGUGGAUAAUACGGACGAUUUCUGUGACAACUUUUGCAUAUUACUUCCUAUGAUUAUAACUUGCUUUAAAUUAUUCAGUUUAUUGGCAAAUCGCAAAAAUAUUAUUAAAUUGAUUGAUAUUCUGACGAAAGAACCUUGCAAACCAUUGAAACUGAAUGAAAUAGAGAUUUAUUACAAAUUUGAUAAUAGCAUACAGCUUAACACUUUCCAUUAUACAGCUAUGUGUAUGGUAACGUGCGUCAUUAUUACGAUUACAUCUUUAUUAACAAAUUUUGGUCAAAAAAAGUUGACAUAUAGAGCGUGGGUGCCAUUCGAAUAUUCAUCUAUGACUUUAUUUUGCAUAUUAUACAUUCAUCAAUUGAUAGGUUUAACUAUGGGUGCUUUAGUAAACGUCGCUUGUGACAGUCUCAUCUGUGGAUUAUUAGUUCAUGUUUGCUGUCAAUAUGAAAUUUUGACAUAUCGUUUGAAGAGAAUCAUGCUUCAUUCAGAUGGUCUUCGUAAUUGCGUCCAACAACAUUGUAAAAUCUUUAGAUUGGCUUUUCUUGUUAAUGCGAAUUUUAGAAUGGUUAUUACUAUUCAAUUUCUAAUGAGUAUGCUUGUCGUAUGUUUCAAUCUUUAUGUAAUAAGUCUAUCAAAAUUGGAUGCAAGAUGUAUUCGAUUAGCAUUAUUCAUGGGUUGCAUGCUCACACAAAUUUUUGUUUAUUGUUGGUAUGGCAACGAAGUAAGACUAAAGAGUCGCCAAUUUAUAGAUAAUAUUUUCGAAAUAGAAUGGCUCACUUUGGAUAAAAAUUUAAAAAAAUCUUUAAUAAUAAUGAUGAAGCGUACAGUAAUGCCUAUUGAAAUUACCAGCGCCUAUACUAUCUCUCUAAAUCUUGAUUCUUUUAUGAAUGUUCUUAAGACAUCAUAUUCGAUUUACAAUUUGCUUCAACAAAUGAAGGAAUAGCAGUACAACUAAUUUGAG